AUCGAGGCAGCCAGUAUUUUUAGGGGACAGCAGCAGCUGCAAAAGCAUUUAACAGUAUUCCAUGAACAAUGACACUUGGGGUGUCGAGGGCCUGAACAACACAGAGAUUGGGGGACCGCUCUGUUGUAGUUAAACAGGAAGCUCCUGUGGAUGCUUAUGUUUCAUUUUCUGCCUGUUCUACCGGACAAAAGUCAAGAAAAAUGUACUGCCGUAAAACUUGGGACCUUUGAGGACAGCAUGUGGUAGCAUGUUUCUGAAUCUGAAGUCAACUUGGGACAUUACUCAGCCUUCAGGAGACGGGCGGCCUCUUAACUCGGACGGAGAUUGCAAAUGCGGAAUGUAUGUUGACGGUCGUUCCUGGCGACUGAAGCGAGGGUUCAUUUCCUAUGGGAAAAUGGAAGAAUAAUUACAUACCACAGACAGAAACCUGCAGUGUGGAAGUAGGUUGGUCUUGCACCAGUGAAUAGCCACUUACUGCUCUCCUAAACUGCUUAAGUAAGAAGCAACAAUGGAUGUCUUUGGUGGUGCGCCACGUUUCUUAGCCUACCCAAGACCUGUAGUGGUACAAAGCGGCACUGAUGCAGUGCUUAAGUGUCAGAUUGGUGGUGAUCCAAGGCCUGCCGUUAUCUGGGAGCGAAGCAAUGAAAAGAUUGACCCACAAGGACGAUAUAGGGUCUUUGAGGAUGGCAAUGUUUACAAUCUCAUCAUCUCAGCUGUCACAACUGAGGAUAGUGGACAGUACAUAUGCAAAGCAAAAAAUAGCAUUGGGGAAACCUAUGCAGCUGCCACACUGAAGGUGGAAGGUGAAGCGCAAGAGAUGGAGCUGCGGGAGGAAAAUAAGCCACUAUUCCUCAUCAAGCCCCUCUCCACUCGUGUCGGUCGUGGGGAAGAUGCUGUCUUCUCUUGUAAGCUUUGGGGAAACCCAAAGCCAGAGGUUAUCUGGGAGAAAGACGGUAGAAGACUCAAUGAAAUAUUUGAAAGCACACAUUUCAGUGUAGGCUACCAGGAUGGUGGAUGGUUCCAGCUCAAGAUCUUUAAGACCCGUGCUCCUGAUGGUGGUGUAUACACAUGCAAGGCAAGAAAUGAAUUUGGGGAAGCGCUAGCAGGAGCUGUGUUGCUUGUUGAUGCAGGUCCAGGACAUGAAGAAGAAGGAAAUCGCAACGGCUACAUAAAUGGCCACUGGAAAGUCCAUCAGGGAAAACAAAGGAGUGGCAGGCAACUGCCAAACCGCCUAAAAGACUACAGCAUGACCAAGUCAACAAAAGUAAAAAUGUUUGCUGUGACAGAGGGCAAACAUGCCAAAUUCCGUUGCUUUGUGACUGGUAAACCCAAACCAGAAAUAAUUUGGAGGAAAGAUGGUAGACUCAUACUGUCUGGAAGGCGUUAUUUGUUAUACGAGGACAGAGAAGGCUACUUCACACUUAAAGUUCUUUAUUGUAAGCAAAAGGAUAACGGAGUUUAUGUUUGCGCUGCAUCAAAUACUGCUGGGCAAACCCUCAGUGCUGUACACCUUUCUGUCAAGGAGCCGCCUGUGCGGUUCAAGCAGCCUCUCAUUGAUCUUGAAGUGUGGGAGCGGGAUUUGGCUGUUCUCGAGUGUGAAGUUCCAGAGGACUCAGUUGCCAUCACAUGGUAUCUGGAGGAUAGACGACUGCAACCAGGGGCCAAAUAUGGAAUGGAGGAGUGGGGAACGAAACGACGACUGACAAUUCGUGACAUCGGAGUUGAUGAUGAUGGGAUUUACCUCUGCGAGAUGCCUGAUGGGGGCAGAAGCAUUGCAGAGGUAGCUGUAAAAGGCACAAUUUUGCGGAAGCUUCCAAGAAAAGUGGAUGUCUUGGAAGGUGAAAAUGCUGCCUUUUGUGUUGAAGUAGAAAAAGAAGAGAUGGAUAUACAUUGGUACAAAGAUGGCUUAGAGCUGCGUGAAACCCAUCAGACCAUUAUUAAAUCCUUUGGUCGAACUCACAUCCUGGUUUUCGUCAACACAAUGCCCCAAGACUCUGGCCUCGUGACUUUCCUUGUCGGCAGAUCCAAGACUUCCUCUCAGCUAAGAGUUAAAUCGGCCAGACAUUGUCCACCUAGUUGUCCAGUGGCUGUGCAGAUCAACACAGAGCGUGCUAAUGCAGCUCUUCUCUCAUGGGUUCCUGCUCAGGACUCGCGAAAGAAUCCUCCCUCUGGAUAUGUGCUUGAACGGCAAGAGGUGGGCACUGGUUCGCAAGAAUGGCUUCAGUGUCUGACCACCGAUUCUGCAACCUCUGUGGAGAUCCUUGGUGACAGUGUUCCAUGUGAGGCGGAUUACCGCUUUCGUAUUUGCAGCGUCAACAAAUAUGGGAAAAGCAAUAAUGUUGAAUUCCCUAAAACUGUUCACUUAGUUCCUGUGGCCAGAAUACAAGCUCCCUUACAGGAUGCCUUGGUGCCAGAGGGGCAAGAUGCUCUCUUCUCUAUUGAGCUUUCUGCUUCAGUUAUUGGUACAUGGUUCUUAAAUGGGACUCAGCUUCAGGAAGACGAGCGGUAUUCCAUGCGUCGGUCACGAGCACACCAAUCUCUCCGCAUUCGAGGAGUACGCGAUACAGAUAAUGGAGCUGAGAUUACAUUCAUUGCCUAUGGCAUCCGUGAUUCUGCAGCACUUUACAUUCAAGCUCCUCUUGUCAAGUUUUUCCCAUUGUCAGAGAUGGAUCGAAAUAAAUUUGUAGAAAUUGGGAAUCCCAUUGUGCUCUACUGUGAGGUAUCAGACCCUGCAGCUCUGGUGCACUGGUACAAGAACGGGGUGGAAUUAAGAUCUGUGGAAGGUCUUCAUAUCCAAUCAGAGGGCACCAUGAGACGAAUUGUCAUCCAGUCAGCAGAGUUAUCACAUUCAGGAGUCUACUGCUGUGAUGCCAUUGAUGAUGUCAUCAGGUUCAAUGUGGAAGUAGAGGCCCCACCUGUGAGGUUUUCAGCACUCCCAGAUGCUGAGAGGAACAAAACCAUCCAAACAGGCUGCCCAAUUGUUUUACAAUGUGAGCUCUCAGAUCCAUCUGCCCAGGUGCACUGGUUCAAAGAUGGGUCAAAACUCCAUUCUCAAAGUGGGGUAGAUAUCAUAUCCGAUGGCUUGAUGAGGAAUCUGAUUAUCCAUUCAGCAGAAGUUUCACACUCUGGCUUGUACUGCUGCAAGACAAAGGGUGACACCAUCACUUUCAAUGUGGACAUCAAAGCUCCACCUAUGAAGUUCUCAGCAAUUCCUGAAGAUAUGAGGAUCAAGUCGAUUGAAGCAGGCUGCCCCGUUGUGCUACAGUGUGUGGUGUCGGAUCCCGAGGCCCAUGUGCUGUGGUACAAGGACGAAAUUCAGCUCAUUUCAAGCUCUGGAUUAGAAAUCCACUCAGUGGGCAACACAAGAACAUUAGUUAUUCAGUCUGCAGAGCUGAGCCAUUCUGGUGUGUACAGAUGCACCGCACAGGAUGAUACCGUGGAGUUUCAAGUGGAGAUCAAAGCUAUACCAGUGACGAACUCUACUAUCUUUGACGUUGAGGGAACCAAGUCACUCGAAGUGGGCAAACGUUUGGAGCUGGAAUGUGAGGUUGCAGACUCUACUGUGCCUGUCUGCUGGUAUAAAGAUGGUAAAAAGCUCAUUCCAAAGAAUGGUUGGGAUAUACAGAGUAAUGGCACAUCAAGGAAACUCAUUAUCCCAUCUGCUGAGCUCUUGCACUCAGGGCUAUACAGCUGUGAAACUUCUGAUGACACUAUCCACUUCACUGUGGAUGCUAAAGCUCCAACGUUGCCAUUGUCGCCUUCGCUGGAGGUUGUGGAGACACAGUUACUUGAAGCAACGUACCCCCCCGCUGAACCACCCUGUGAAUCCUCAGACCUUGCUUUCCGGGUGUCAAAGCAGAGGGAUACAGAACCUGAUAGAGAGCCUGACAGAGAGCCUGAGUUUGAAAAUGGAAGCAUCAAGAACACCCUUGUUAUUGAACCAACUCAUCCUGCAAACUCUGGAGCAUACUAUUGUGCAACAGCAGAUGAUGUUGCCAAAUUAAUAGUAAAAAAUCAAGUGCCACUUCCAACAUAUCUACUUGACCCUGAGGAUGAGAAGGCCAACUCUACUGAACAACACUGCUCAAUUGUUCAGCAAUUUGAGAUUUCAGAUCCCGUUGCCAAAGCCUGUUGGUACAAAGAUGGAACCCAGAUCUACCCCAAAAGGGAAACUGACAGUGAAUCCCAGAGAAGUAGCCAAAUCUUUCCCCUCCAGUUACAAUAUGCCUCUGGUGAUGUGACGUUUGGCUGUGAAACAGCUCAUGAUGUACAGUUAAAUGAGGACAUAAAAGCAGAGCAGUGUCACUAUCGUGAUGAGAUUGGUGAGAUAGCUGAUGCAUCUACCCAAUACACAGUGGAUGGCAAAGCUACAUCGCCAAGGCUCUCUUCUGACCAAGAGAAGAGCAAGUCCACAGAGGAGGCUUAUCCUGUUGAAGUUAUCCAGGUGUCCUCAAAAUACAAUUCUGGGAAAUCCGGUGGCAAGGCUGGAGAUACUGAGACAUGUGAAGACCAUUCCAGUCAUACACCAACUUCUCAGUCAGCAUAUGAAUAUAUGUUUGACUGCACUGCACCUAAACAGCUGAACGAACUCUAUGAUGGUCAACAAAUGGAAAAAGCCGAAUGUCCACUGUACCAUGACUCUGUAAACCCAAUAACAACUCAGUCUGACACACACCAUCACACUACACAGCUCAAAGAUACACAAGGUGAGGAAUUCAUUUACUAUGUACAGCAUACGGAAGCCUCAUCUGAAGAACCUGACAAUUCUUUGCAGACAGCUGUUCUGACAGAUGAGUUUUGCAAGUUUUUGCAAAUUACAACUGUUCAGUCAGAGGAAUCCACUUCCAAGAAUCUAACUUUCCAAUCAGAGGAGCUACCUAGUUUAGGACAGACACCAUCUGUCCAGUCAGAGCUAGGCAGCCUUCUACAGAAUUCAGCUACAACAUCAGAGCACAAUACUGACACCUUACAGAUUUCAAUCAAAUCAGACAGCAUCUCUGAGUCUUUCAAAACUGCAACUCCACAGCCAGAGGAUCUGAUUGAAUCCAUAAUCUCUGAAAGUUACAAAUCAGAGGAGCCCUUUAAAUCCUUACAGACUGUAGCUGUCAAAUCAGAGGGACCAUUUAAGUCAUUGCAGACUGCAGAUGUCCAAUCAGAGGGGGCCUUUAAUUCAAUGCAAAUCCCACCUGUCCUUUCAGAGAAGCCUUGUGACCGUUUACAAACCGAAACCGUCUAUUCAGAGGGGCCCUAUAACUUUUUAUGGACUGCAACUGACCAAUCAGAGGAGUUCAACAGACUCCUACAGAAAUCUGCUGAUCUUUCAGAGGGGCUCAGUGACUUCCCUAAAACAGCAUCCCUUCAAUCAUUGGAUUUUUCUAACCUUAAAGAGGUAAAAACUUUCCAACAGGAGCCAUACGACUUGCAGCAGUCUGCAUAUGUCAAAUUGGAUCAUCCCGAUAAUACAGGACAAGCAGUUUCUAACGAUUUGCAAGUGCUGUCCCUGCCAAGUCAGGAAACAACAGUCCCUGCAGAGUUUUAUCGCACCCUGGAGACUACGGAAGAACAAGUAGACAUCACAUUUAGCUCUGGGAAAAGACAUUUGACCAACUAUGCAGAGCCUUGCAAUAUCAAGCAGACAGCAACUGUCAAAUCAGAAGAGCUCUACCUCUCAGGGACACAUGAUGGUUACUGGAGUGACAGUGUCACUGCAUAUAAGGUGGCUGUUGAAGCUCCGCCUGUGAGAAUUACAAGACUUUGUGAGGCUGAAAGGAACAAGUCUGUUGAAGGUGGUGAACCCCUAACGCUGCAGUGUGAGAUAUCAGAUCCUAAUGGUGAAGUUACUUGGUACAAGGAUGGAAUAAAACUUCUUGAAGCAGCUGGGCAGGACAUGCUGGCAGAUGGUUCUAUAAGAACACUGACUUUCCGAUCUGCGACACUGUCUCAUGCAGGGAUUUACAGCUGCAAGACAACAGAUGAUGCAGUGCAGUUUCAUGUGGAUGUUAAAGCUCCACCUCUGACAUUUUCAGCAAUGUCUGAGGUUGACCAGAAAAUGACGGUCAUAGCAGGCUAUCCCAUUGCUCUACAAUGUGAACUGUCAGACCCCACUGGACAAGUCAGUUGGUACAAGGAUGGAACAAAGCUCCUACCUCAGAGUGGAGUAGACAUCCAGUCAGAGGGAAAUUUGAGGAGUCUAGUUGUCUCAUCAGCCGAGCGGGCUCACACGGGUGUAUACCGUUGCGAAUCAAAGGAUGAUGACAUCCAGUUCACUGUGGAUGUAAAAGCCCUACCUGUGAAGUUCUCAGAGCUUCAAGAGAAUGACCGGAACAAGUCCGUCGAAGAAGGCGCCCCCAUUGUCCUGAGAUGCGAACUCUCUCAUGAUCCCUCUGCUCAUGUCGACUGGUAUAAAGACGGGGUAAAGGUUCUGCCACAAAACAAUGUGGAAGUACAGUCAGAUGGACUGACAAGGACACUGCUCAUCCCUUCAGCUGGAAGCGCGCAUGCUGGUACCUAUGAAUGUUCAACAAAAGAUGACACUGUGACUUUUAAAGUGGAUGUAAAAGGCCGAUCGUCACAGAUCAUGCCACUCCCACUGUCAGAAAAAUACAAGCUGAUUGCAGCUGGUUGUCCGAUUAUACUCCAGUGUGAGGUCUCAGACCCUGUUGCCCAGGUUUCCUGGUUUAAAGAUGAUUUGGAGCUAUUCUGCAAAACUGGGCUUGAUAUGAAAAGAGAUGGCAACUUCAGAAAAUUGAUGAUUCCUUCUGCUAAAGUCUCUGACUCUGGUCUCUACAGCUGUAAAUUUGCAGAUGACACUGCGACAUUCCAUGUGGACGUCGAAGCUACUCCUGUGAGGUUUUCAGCGAUUCCAGAGGUUGCGAGAAACAAAUUUGUUGAAGCAGGCUGCCCAAUUAAGCUGCAGUGUGAAGUCUCAGAGCCAACUGCCCAAGUCUAUUGGAACAAAGAUGGAGAACAGCUACUUCCAGAGAGUGAAUAUGAAAUCCAAGCUAAAGAAAAACUGAGAGCACUGGUCAUUCAGUCAGCAGAAGUCAGACACUCUGGGAUGUACAGCUGUGAAGCCGCAGAUGACCAUAUAGAAUUCAAGGUGGAUGUUGCAGCACCACCGGUAACGUUUGCUGAUAUCCCAGAGACUGACCUUUUCCAGAGUGUUGUGGAACAUGAACAGCUUGUUCUGUCAUGUGAAGUAUCAAGGUGUGAUGGUGUUGUCAAAUGGUACAAAGACGGAACUGAAAUGCAACCAACCAAUAAUGUUACAAUCCAAGCAGAGGGCACCAAAAGAAAGCUGAUUAUAAAUUCAGCCCAACUGUCCGAUACAGCUACAUACACAUCUCGUGCAGGAGACAACGUUUUAGUCUUCAAAGUUAACAUACGAGAACCUCCUGUGACGAUAAUCUAUCCCAAGGAGGAUGUCCAUCUUGACCGUCAUGUCCCCGAUGAAAUUAUUCUGAGCUGUGAACUGUCUCGUGCCAGUGGUGUGGUCAGCUGGUAUAAAGACGGUCAAAAGCUUCAAGAGAGUGAGAACAUCAAGCUCAAGGUAGAAGGGCCUUAUCGACGACUUAAGAUACUGUCUAGUGGAGUAGAGGAUUCUGGAGAAUACGUCUGUGAUACAGCUGACGAUUCAAUAUUCUUUCACCUAAAUAUCACAGAACCUCCAGUGAAGAUUGUAUCCCCAAGUCAGUCAGAAAUGGAACUGUGUCAGCAGACCUCUGAGAGGAUGGUGCUAAGCUGUGAGAUCUCACGGCCCAAUGCAAUGGUACGCUGGUAUCGUGAUGGACUCGAGGUGGAGGAGAAUGACAAUCUCAUUCUGGAGGUGGAUGGUGUCUACAGAAGACUUAUUAUACCUGAAACCACUGUCAAAGAUUCAGCAGAAUAUGUGUGCGACACAGCGGAUGACUCCAAGACGUUCUUUGUAAACAUAGCAGAGCCUUCUGUUCGCUUCAUUCGUCCUCGGAAGAUGGCAAGCAGAGUAGAGAAAAUGGUCGGGGAGACUCUAGUUCUAGACUGCGAGGUUUCAAGAUCAAAUGCUGAAGUCACUUGGAAGAAGAAUGGGGAAGAAGUUGAAGACUCUAGAAACAUCACAAUCCUUGAAGAUGGCGUCAUCCGUCAGUUGACCAUUCACUCGCUGACAGUGGAAGAUGCUGGGCAAUAUGUCUGCGACGCAAAAGACGAUGUAAUGGAUUUCAGUGUGAUUGUGCAAGAAUUACCUGUAAAAAUUCUUGGAAAAACAGAUGCAAAAAUAGAAAAACAGUUCUUAGUAUCAGAUGACAUUAUUCUUGUAUGUGAACUCUCAAGAGCCAAUGCCUCAGUCAGCUGGUAUAAAGAUGACAAGCUUAUUGAUGACAAUGAGCGAUACUGCAUCGAAGAGCAAGGUGUUUUCCGAUCUCUGGUGGUCCUAAAUGCGGCAUUUGAAGAUUCAGGGGAAUAUACCUGCGAUGCAGUGGAUGAUAAAAUGGUCUUCUAUAUCACUGUCAAAGAGCCUCCUGUGCAGAUCAUUGGAAAUGCAGGCCACCCAGAGCAUCAUAUACUGGUAGCAGGAGAUGAUCUUAUUUUGGAGUGUGAAGUGUCUCGGCCAAACGCCACAGUUGAGUGGUUAUGGAACGGCAAGAGACUGAAACCAGAUACUCGCGUAAAAAUUGACAGCUAUGACGUUGUUAGGAAGCUUGUUCUCUCUGGACUUCAGCCCUCGGACUCUGGAGAAUACAUUUGCGAUGCCCUCGAUGACAAAUUGAUAACAAUUGUAGAGGUCCAAGAGCCGCCAGCCAAGUUUCUGAAUAAAAAAGCAAACAACAUCACAGCCUAUGAAAACGAGAGCGUCACACUGUGUGCCAUUGUGAGCCAUGAAAGAGCAAAUGUUCGGUGGCUGAAAGAUGGCCAACUAUUGAACGAGGAGAACAUUCACAUCUCCAGUGUGGGUAAUACCCACAAGCUCACCAUUAAUCCUCUGCAGCUGUCUAAUUCUGGAGAAUAUGUCUGUGACGUAAAGACAGAUGAGAUGUAUUUCAGUCUUUUAGUCAAAGAAAUGAAGGUUAAAUUUAUUAGACAGUUGGAGAAUAUCAAGGCUCUAAAGGGAACCCACCUUACGUUACAAUGUGAGAUCAACAAGCCAAAAGGAGACGUUCAGUGGCUGAAAAAUGGCAAUGAGAUCUCUCCAAGCCGUCAGCACACAAUCAGGGCUCAAGGUAGAGAGCGGAGCUUUACCAUCCACCAACUAAUGGAGGAAGACAGUGGAGAAUAUGUCUGUGAAUCCACAGAUGACAGGACCUCAGCCACUGUUACUGUAGAAACCCCCCGUAUUAUUGAGUUCAUAGCAGAGCUUCGUAAUGUCAUCAUCUGUGAAGGAGAAGAUGCCGUUUUUAAGUGUGUGGUUUCACCAGAGGACACCAAGUUGGUGUGGCGCUUAAACGGCAAGCAAGUAGCCCUGAACGAGCGCACUGUGGUUUCCAGCAAUGGGCUAUGCCACAUGCUCUGCAUCAACAACUGCGUGGUUUCAGAUAGCAGCAGAGUGACAGCUGAUGCAGAGGGGUUGAUUUCAGAGGCAGAACUACAGGUUCAAGAGCAACAGGUGCUGUUCAGUAAGAAAAUGACACCAGUUGUAGCUGAAGAAUACAGUGAAGCAACUCUAGAAGUGGAGGUGAGUGUGGAUUCGGGAGAGGUGCAGUGGAUGAGGCAAGGGGUGCUAAUCCACCCUGGAGCCAAGUAUACUCUGAAGCACAAGGGCCGCAAACACAGUCUCACCCUCCACAAAGUGUCAAUGUCUGACCGGGGCACCUAUAGCUGUGAAACCCUUCAUGACCGCACACAAGCCCAGCUCACAGUGGAACCUCGAAAAAUCACAAUCAAGAGGGGACUGACUGACAUUAAAACCACAGAGAGGGAAACGGCUUCUUUUGAGGUAGAGGUGUCCCAUCCCAAUGUCCCGGGCACAUGGAUGAGAAAUGGACUCAAGCUUAAGCCAACUAAUCACUUCCGUAUGAGUGCAAAAGGACAAGUCCACAGCCUUACUAUCUCUAACCUGUCAGUAGAAGACACUGGCACCUUUGUGUUCUGCAUAGAGAAUCUGAAGACCUCUGCAAGGCUUGUUGUAAAGGAGCCCCCAGUGACCGUUUUCAGAAAACUGGAGAACCAGAGGUUCCCUGAAGGGGCAGUAAUCUCCAUCGAGUGUGAGCUGUCAAGACACAACGUGGAUGUGAAAUGGAUGAAGGACGGGGCUGAGGUGAAGACCAGCAAAGACUUGCGCAUUUAUGCAAUGGGAAGGAAACGGUUUCUCCAGAUCAUGAAAUGCCAAGUCAGUGAUUCUGGCAUGUACACCUGCGAUGCAGGAGAUGCAGCUACAUCCUGCACUGUGGAAGUCUACGAGCGUGAGCUGGUGAUCCUCCAGGGUCUUGAGGACCUGGACAUCCAAGAGGAUGAAAACGCUGUGUUUGUUUGUGAGAUCUCAGUGGAGGAUGUGCCGGGGGAAUGGUACAAAAAUGGGGAGCGGAUACAGCCCACCAGCACCAUUAAGAUCCGCCAGGAAGGGACAAAACAUUUUCUUCUCAUUUGCAACGUGCGAGCAGAAGACUCUGGAGAGAUUAAGUUUGUGGCGAGGCACAUUGAAUCUGUUGCUUACUUGGAGGUGGAAGAGCUUCCAGUCAGUAUUGUAAAACCUCUGCAAGACAAGACGGCCCUUGAGAAGAGCCGUGUGCUCUUGGACUGCACAGUGUCCAACCCCAGAUGUAGCAUCCGCUGGUACAAAGGCAGCAAUGUCAUCCUGCCCUCUGAACGCUUCGAGAUCUGCAGCGAAGGAUGUUAUCGCAAGCUGAUCAUCCAGCAGGUGGCGCUAGAUGAUGAGGGCACAUACAGUGUGCAGGUUGGAGAUUAUACUUGCUCUGCAAAGCUGACAGUGGAGGGUAAGAGCAUUAAAGCUUAACAGUGCACAAAAAUGACAUCUGACUAAAAGUUAGGUCUAGUUCUUUUAGCAGGAUAUUUUUUAUCUAGGCAUGCACCACCUUUACUAGGUCUGUUUUUAUUUCUGUGCCAUUGAUUAUCCCAUAAAAUGGGUUGUAGAGACAAAUGUCAGGACAUCCAUUUUUUCACCCCUUCCCCCCAGAGUCUGUUAUUAAAAUACCCAGAGUUUGUUAUUAGAGCUGUAACAGGAUAAAAUCCCUCUCUUAUAGUAGCAACAGCAAAUACUGUGUGCAUAUAUAACCAGAUAGUGCCACCUACUGGAACAGCAGAGUUACCACAUGUAAUUUCUUAUUUCGUGAAUAUAGGUGUAAUAUCGGGGCACAUUUUUAUAUAGGAGUCAGUCUGUUUUAAUUUCACAAUUACCUGAUUUAACUUGAUCAUGGGUGAAAGUAAUGUUCAUAGAUAAGUCCCCAAACUGGCAAAUUAAAAUCAUCUACACUGAUUUGAUUCUACACUUUGAUUUCAUAGUGUAGUGGUUUACAAAUUUGCCUAAAUCAUGAAAGAGUCCUGUUUGAGAACAGAAUGAGAGCAUGGCCAGCAGAAGAACCCCUCCUAGGUUAUUCCUGGGAGGGCAAAUCUACUGUGGCGCUGCUUUGUAAA